AUGGUGAAGUUAUUGAUGCAAGAAUCAUCAGUGACUGUGAAAUUGGUAGAUUUAGAGGAUUUGAGUACAUCACUUUCACCAGUAGCGAGGAGGCAUCCAGUGCAAUCCAGGCCUUGGAUGGGCAUGAACUUCAUGGCCGUCAACACUGGAGGUGGUUUUGGCAACAUCAAUUUGGGUGUUGCUGGUGCUGAUGACUUUGUUGGCGGUGCUGACAACAACUUUGGCAGUGGUGGAGCUCAAUUGGGAGAGAACAAAGGUGGUUUCAGCUUGGAUGAUCCCUUGAAAGGAAAUGAUAGGGAUGAUGAUGAUGAUGCCGGCAACUUUCUCAAGAGGGCUUGA